AUGAUUGUCACCAACCUCGUGUUCGCUGCCGAACUUGCGGCCCUGGGCCUGGCCUCGGCGCUGCCCCCGAGAAUCGGGACAACCAGUCUCGCACAAGCACAUGGAGACAGCGCCAACCGCGGCAGCGGCACGGCCUCGCUGAAGCAGGUUCGCCGUCCUCGAUACCGUUUCAACGGCGCCCGGUCCGUCUACCGGACGUAUCUGAAGUACGGCGCCCCGGUGCCCGACGACCUUGUCAAGGCCGUGGCCCACACCGACGCGCUUUACGCGGCCGAGGUGAAGCGCGCCACGGGCAGCGCCGCAGCCGAGCCUAUCGACGAGAGCGACCAGGCAUACAUCACGCCCGUCACGAUCGGCACGCCGCCGCAAACGCUCGAGCUCGACGUCGACACGGGCUCGUCCGAUCUCUGGGUCUUCUCGAGCCACACGCCCCCUUCGCAGAUUCACGGUCAGCAGAUCUACUCGCCCAACAAGUCCAGCACCGCCAAGCUGCUCGAAGGCCACACCUGGAGCAUCACCUACGGCGACGGCUCCGCCUCCAGGGGCAACGUGUACAUAGACAACUUCACCGUGGGCGGCCUGACGGCUGAGAAACAGGCCGUCCAGUGCGCCCAGCAAGUUUCGGCCAGCUUCACCCGAGAGACCCACGUCGACGGCCUGAUCGGCCUUGGCUUCAGCACGCUGAACACCGUCAGCCCGAAGAGCCAGUUGACCUUCUUCGACAACGUCAAGUCGGGGCUCGACAGCCCGGUCUUCACGGCCGACCUGAAACACGGAGCUGCGGGUACCUACGACUUCGGCUUUGUCGACAAGGCGAAGUACUCGGGCGAGAUCACGUACGUGCCCGUGAACCCGGAUCCCGGGUAUUGGGCCUUCAACUCCUCGGGCUAUGCGAUCGGCUCCGGCAAAUUCAGCGCUUCGGCGAUUACGGGCAUCGCCGACACGGGUACAUCCCUGCUAUAUCUGCCAACCGCCAUCGUGACCGCGUACUACCGCCAGGUCGAGGGAGCCACCAACAGCCGGACCUACGGCGGCUACGUGUUCCCUUGCAGCUCGUCGCUGCCCUCCUUCACGUUUGGCGUCGCCGACGCGAGGAUCACGAUCCCGUCGGCGUACAUCAACUACGCGCCCAUCACGCCCGGGUCGUCCACGUGCUUCGGCGGGCUGCAAAGCAGCAGCGGGGUCGGCAUCAACAUAUUCGGGGACGUGGCGUUGAAGGCGGCGUUCGUGGUGUUCAACGGCGGGAGCCCGCCAACUAUUGGGUGGGCCCAGAAGCCGCUGGCCAAGUGA